UUUGGAGUUUCUUCGGACUGGCCAAGAAUUAUCAUCCCAGAGACCAAAAAGUAGCAGAAGAAACAGUAGUGUGACUCAGAAAAAUGGCUGUUGGGACAGGGAGGAGGAGGGGGAAGAAGAGUAAAGUACAUUUCACCAAGCUCUACAACUUCACAUGCUGUCGGUCUUCGUUGAAGGAUGAGCAUAGUCAAAUUGGGCAGAGAGGUUUCUCAAGAAGUGUGCACUGUAAUGAUCCAGACAACCUUGAACAGCUUCAGCUGAGGUACAGGGAUAAUUAUGUUUCGACCACCAAGUACACAGCUCUGAAUUUCAUACCCAAGUCAUUGUUUGAGCAAUUUAGGAGAGUGGCCAAUAUAUACUUUCUUGUAGUGGCUUGUGUUUCUUUUAGUCCCUUGGCCCCAUUUGGUGCUACUAGUAUUCUUGCUCCUCUUUUGGUGGUGAUUGGAGCAACCAUGGCCAAGGAGGGUGUGGAAGAUUGGAGGCGUAGGAAACAGGAUAUUGAGGCAAAUAAUAGGAAGGUUCAAGUGUAUGGUAGAAACCAAACUUUUGAAGAAACCAGGUGGAAGAAUUUACGAGUUGGUGAUCUUGUUAAGGUCUACAAGGAUGAAUAUUUUCCUGCUGAUCUUUUUCUUGUCUCAUCAAGCUAUGAAGAUGGGAUUUGUUAUGUUGAGACAUCAAAUCUUGAUGGAGAAACCAAUCUGAAGGUGAAGCAUGCCUUAGAUGUCACAGCCUCCAUCCAUGAUGAGAGUUCAUUUCAGAAUUUCAAAGCAGUGAUCAAGUGUGAAGACCCAAAUGAUGAUCUUUAUGCAUUUGUUGGAACUUUGUGCCAUGGUCGCCAGUAUCCCCUUUCUGUGCAACAAAUUCUUUUGAGAGAUUCUAAACUCCAAAAUACUGAUUAUAUCUAUGGUGUGGUGAUUUUUACGGGUCAUGACACAAAAGUUAUGCAAAAUACUACAGACCCUCCUUCCAAGAGGAGUAAGAUUGAGAGGAAAAUGGACAAGAUAAUCUACAUCCUUUUCAGUACCUUGAUUGUGAUGUCUUCUGUUGGUUCUGUAUUUUUUGGGAUUGAGACCAAAAAUGAUAUCCAUGAUGGAAAAUUAACAAGGUGGUAUCUAGGACCAGGCAAUGCAACUGUGUUUUAUGAUCCCAGAAGAGCUUCACUUGCUGCAUUUUUUCAUUUCUUGACAGAUCUUAUGCUGUAUCAAUAUUUGAUCCCAAUAUCGUUGUAUGUGUCUAUUGAAGUUGUAAAAGUUCUGCAGACCAUAUUUAUUAAUCAAGAUCAGGAUAUGUAUUUUGAGGAAACAGAUAAGCCAGCUCGUGCACGGACAUCUAAUUUGAAUGAGGAACUUGGUCAAGUUGAUACCAUCCUUUCUGACAAAACAGGUACUUUGACAUGUAACUCCAUGGAGUUUGUUAAGUGUUCUAUAGCAGGCAUUGCCUAUGGUCGUGGCUUGACGGAAGUAGAGAGGGCUUUAGCAAAGAAAAAAGGGGGAGGGCCUCCUGAAGUUGGUGAUACUUCCUUAGAUGCAGAAGGGUCUAAUGCUGAGCUUGUGGACACAAGCAGAUCAAUUAAAGGCUUUAACUUCCAAGAUGAACGGAUUAUGAAUGGUCAAUGGGUUAAGCAAACUCAUUCCAAUGUUAUACAGAAAUUCUUCAGAGUCCUAGCUCUCUGUCAUACUGCCAUUCCUGAUGUCAAUCAGGAAACAGGUGAAAUUUCUUAUGAAGCUGAAUCCCCAGAUGAAGCCGCCUUUGUAAUUGCUGCUAGGGAACUUGGUUUUGAAUUCUAUGAAAGAACUCAAACAAGUAUCUCACUGCAUGAACUGGACCGUGAAAGCGGGAAAUCAGUUGACAGAUCCUACAAGCUUCUUCAUGUCUUAGAGUUCAGUAGUGCCAGGAAAAGAAUGUCAGUUAUUGUGAGAAAUCCUGAGAACCAGCUGUUGCUCCUUUGCAAGGGCGCUGACAGUGUGAUAUAUGAAAGGCUCUCUAAAGAAGCUCAGUCUUUUAAAGAUGCCACAUUAACUCAUGUAAAAAUGUAUGCUGAGGCUGGUUUGAGGACUUUAAUAAUUGCAUAUCGUGAGCUUAGUGAAGAAGAGUUCAUGUCAUGGGAAGAGGAGUUUCUGAAGGCACAGACUUCAGUGACUGCAGACCGUGAUGCAUUGGUGGAUGCUGUUGCUGAUAAAAUUGAAAGAGACUUAAUUCUCCUUGGUGCAACAGCUGUUGAGGACAAACUUCAAAAAGGGGUUCCUGAAUGCAUUGAGAAACUUGCAAAUGCUGGCAUAAGGAUUUGGGUCUUAACUGGUGAUAAGAUGGAGACAGCAAUCAAUAUUGGGUAUGCAUGUAGCUUAUUGAGGCAGGGCAUGAAACAGAUUAUGAUUACGCUAGAUUCUCCUGCUGUAAAUGAUAUGGAAAACAAGGGCGACAAAGAAGCUAUUGCAAAGGCUUCAAUUUCAAGCAUAACUAAGCAAAUAAAAGAAGGAUUAUCAGAACUCAGCUCAGCUAAAGAAAGUUCUGUUUCAUUUGCUUUGAUAAUCGAUGGAAAGUCACUUGCCUUUGCCCUCGAUAAGAAUCUGGAGAACUCAUUUUUAGAGCUUGCAAUGAAGUGUGCAUCUGUCAUAUGCUGUCGCUCCACCCCGAAGCAAAAGGCUCUUGUAACAAGGUUGGUCAAAAAGGGGAAAAAUAGAACGACAUUAGCAAUUGGAGAUGGUGCAAAUGAUGUAGGCAUGCUUCAAGAAGCUGAUAUUGGUGUUGGUAUUAGCGGGGUUGAAGGCAUGCAGGCUGUGAUGUCAAGCGAUGUUGCAAUUGCUCAAUUUCGCUUUCUUGAGCGGCUAUUGCUGGUUCAUGGCCACUGGUGCUACAGGAGGAUAUCAAUGAUGAUAUGCUAUUUCUUCUAUAAGAACAUCACAUUUGGUUUCACCUUAUUUUGGUUCGAGGCAUAUGCUUCUUUCUCUGGAAAACCUGCAUACAACGACUGGUAUAUGUCAUUGUAUAACGUAUUCUUCACUUCACUUCCUGUCAUAGCUCUGGGAGUCUUUGAUCAAGAUGUCUCAGCACGGUUUUGUCUCAAGUAUCCUUUGCUAUACCAAGAAGGAGUGCAGAAUAUUCUCUUUAGUUGGCAACACAUCCUUGGCUGGAUGUUCAACGGGUUUAUGUGCUCAAUGAUCAUCUUCUUUCUUGCAACAAAUUGUAUCAAGGAGCAGUCUUUCCGCAAGGAUGGUAAAGUUGUUGAUUAUGAAAUCCUGGGAGUGCUAAUGUACACUUGUGUCGUUUGGACUGUUAAUUGCCAAAUGGCGUUAUCUAUCAAUUACUUCACUUGGAUGCAACAUUUCUUCAUCUGGGGCAGUAUUGCUCUAUGGUACUUGUUCUUGGUAAUCUAUGGUACUAUAUCUCCUAUACUAUCCACGACUGCAUACCGGGUUUUAGUGGAAACCUGUGCUCCGAGCCCAUUCUACUGGAUGGCAAGCCUGCUUAUUGUGGUAUCUGCUCUCUUACCAUAUUUUUCAUACAAAGCUUUCCAGAUUAGAUUUCAUCCCAUGUACCAUGAAAUUAUUCAAAGAAGACGACUGGAAGGAUUAGAAACAUAAGAGCCCCAUGAAAUUCCUGUGCCAAGUUGGGGGCAAAGAAAAGCAUCUAAAUGAGGGAUCAGGAAACCACCUGUGAAGGCUAUAAGGGCAAUGAUAGUAGCCUAGUACUUGGUUAUUUAGCUUCUGUAUAGGGUGACAUUUUGCCCAUAUGCUUUGUAGGUUGCAAGUUGGCUAGCAAACCUGAGCUUGGGAUCCCUGAAGAACAUGCUAUUCCUUUUAAACUUCAGCAGUUCAGGGUAACAUUGCCAGUGUUGUUAUUUGUAGCCUAUAGUUGCCCAAGUCUUGCCUUCCCGCCCCAAACCCCCCACUAGACGAGUUUGCCACAGAAUGAUAAACAAUCCAAGAUUCAUAUAAAUUUGAUAUGAAUCCACUGUAAAUUCUUCUUUGAAGUUUAACUUUUUUUUUUGGGGUUAAUUUUCUGGCUUGGAAGAAGAUUCUUCCAUUUGCUGUGUCUAAUGCUUGUGA